AUGUCCUUAGUCCUACCUCUGGUGGGUGGGCCUGCCUGGCCUGAGGAUCAGCAAGAGGCACAGGUUCUGCCCAUACAUGAGCACCGUAGUGGUCCGAAUACUCUCCUCGGGUCUCGCGAACGAGGCGUCAUCGGGCGCAAAGAGUUUAUGGGAAAACUUAAGUCGGGCUGCCUGGGCGGCACGUACCGCAGUAACACUUGUCCAGGGCCGCCAAGAAAAACCGAAGAGCUCUUCGCCCCGUUGAGCGCGUUGCGAUCCUCGCCGCGCGCGGACGGCGCCUCAUGGUCGCCGUUGAGUGCAUUGCUAGAGGCUACUCGCCCGUACGGCGCGCUCCGGAACGCGAGCAUAUUGGGGCAGCUCGCGAGUCGUGUCGCGAAGAAAUCCGUGGAGAAGAGCAAGAAGAGCUGGCUGAUCCUGACGACGAGCGUUUACGCGACAAUCUUGUUCAUUCCUGCAGUCAACAUCUCGCUGGCGGACCUUGCACAGGGCUGCGCGACCUUCGCGGAGGCGGUCGAGGCUGCUGCCAAGGAGGGCUAA